CCUAAUGCUUCACAUAUACUCACUCCAUCUCUAAUCACUAUUCACAACCAUUUAUCCGGUAGCAAGAUCUCCAAGAUGGAAUGGUCCACUAUUCUCCUUAUAGCUUUUGCUGUGUUCAUGAUCGGGCGCUCGCUGUUCGCAGACCGCUCGCCCAUUCCCGAGACGUCGGGCAAGGUCUACAAGGUGUCCUCUGCUGCCGAGCUGGACUCCGUCUUGGCCUCCAACAGCCACGUGGUGGUCGACUUCUACGCGGACUGGUGCCCGCCCUGCCGCGCCAUCGCGCCCGUCUUCUCCGAGCUGGCCGACAAGCACGCCGCCGAGGGCCGUCUGGCCUUUGCCAAGGUCAACGUCGACCACGUCAACAACGUCGCCGGGCGCUACAACGUCACCGCUAUGCCGACCUUUGUCUUCUUCCGCGGCGGCAAGCCCCAGGGUGUCGAGGUCAAGGGCCUGACGCCCCGGCAGUCUGUCGUCUUCACUGGUGACGGGCUUGUCGACAGGCUGAGGGGCGCAGACAGGGCGGCUCUGCAGGCUGUGGUUCAGGCCUUGGCGGGUCCGGGGGAGGAGGCGAAGAAGGAGUAGCAAGGCACGCCUGGCCGGGAAGAUGAGCCUGUACCCUCUGUUGGCUGCUGCAGUAUCUGAAGAGUUACACGCUUUGCUCGCUAAGGAUUCCUGAGUGUUUCGCAGCUCUGAAGACAAGGUACACAGAGCGAGAAUCAGGAGUAAACUAUGAUUGUCGCAUUACGCCUGAUCAAAACGCGGGAAAAAUCGGUUUUGGAUUUGUCGCCUUGUGAUUACCGCUCUUGCACAAUCUGCAAACAACCCUGUUUUGAUGAGAAAUAUGACGACUAGAUGAGAUGGUACAGCCAAAUCCUAUUCAACAAGUUGAUAGAAGAGAUUACCAGGCUUGAUGAAUCUUCGAAUUCAGCUCACAGCUGCUUGGAACGAUCAGUAUCUUGGUGCUACAGCGGCUAGAAUCGCGCUGCUCUUUUAUGUCUC